UCCCGAUUCCAAAAAUGUCGUGCCUCAAUGCUCCAACAGUCAGUGAUCUAAUGACUAUUAUGCAAUGCGUGGCCCCUAUUGCCUCCCGCCUCGCUCUUAGACGUCUUUACACCCAAGGGCCACCAGCAAGAGCAAGUGGCCCCCUGACGGAGAUGUCCUGUGACAAAAGGAGGCCAAAAAGUCAGGAGAGUGCUGCUCAGUGGUGAAAUGGAGAAGUGAGGCAGAAAGGAGAGCUGCAGGGAAUAUUUUUUGAGGAACCCAUCAUGGUGUCAGAAACUAAAAGAGAAAAUGAGCUUUUCAGUGCAACAGAAACGUGAGCAGCGACAGAGAGGCAUCAGAAAGAGGCAGAAAUUAACAGAGCCUCGGGUCUGCGGCGAAAACCUCGACGCUGCACAGCAUCGUCCUCUGGACAAGGUGUGAACAAAGAAAGAAAGAACUGAGCAGCAUCCGGGUCGAAGCUAAUAGAGAAAACCACAGGGCUUUAAAUAGACGUUGAAAAGAGAAGUGCGAAGUGGACUUCACACUCAAACAGAGGGAGGAAGAGAGGCACGAGUACGAGUUUACAUCCGUCUCCAGAGAGGCGGCGAGUGGCAAACCGGAGCCGCUGGGGGACUCUGAGCUGGAAUAACUGGGGGGAUUUACUCGCGGCGACGCUUUCAGAAGGCACAACGAGAAAGUAAGACAGGAGGAGAGAGUUGGAAGAGGAAGAGGAGCAUCACUGAGAGGAAAAGAGGGGGGCUCAUGGGAAACCUCCUGAAAGUGCUGGCUUGCGCCGAACUUGAGCAUGGGCCAAUAGUUUUCCUUGACUUUGAACAUGCCCAGCCCACCGAGGCGGAGACGGCCGUGUGGAACCAAGUCAGCGCCGUGCUGGAGGAGGCUCACGGGAUCCUGGCCGAGCUGCAGUCCUACAACGGCGCGGGGCAGGAGAUACGAGAGGCCAUCCAGAACCCGGGCGACCUCGCUCUGCAGGAGAAGGCCUGGAACGCCGUCUGCCCCCUGGUGGCCAAGCUGAAGAGGUUCUACGAGUUCUCCCUCCGAUUGGAGAACGCCCUGCGCAGCCUGCUGGAGGCGCUGACGAGCCCGCCCUACGCUCCCAUGCAGCACCUGGAGCGAGAGCAGGCGCUGGCCAAACAGUUUGCAGAGAUCCUUCAUUUCACGCUCAGCUUCGACGAACUAAAGAUGACAAACCCGGCCAUUCAGAACGACUUCAGCUACUACAGGAGGACUAUAAGCAGGAACAGGCUGAAUAAUCAGCAGCUGGAUGCAGAGAACGAGGUAAACAACGAGAUGGCCAAUCGGAUGUCUCUGUUCUACGCCGAGGCGACACCGAUGCUGAAGACCUUGAGUAACGCCACCACCAAGUUUGUUUCAGAGAACAAGACCCUGCCGAUAGAGGACACCACAGACUGCCUGAGCACCAUGGCGUGUGUGUGUCGUGUCAUGCUGGAGACUCCGGAGUACCGCUGCCGGUUCACCAACACAGACACCAUGCUGUUCUGCAUGAGGGUGAUGGUGGGCGUCAUCAUCCUCUACGACCACGUCCAUCCCGUCGGAGCCUUCGCCAAGACCUCCAAAAUUGACAUGAAGGGCUGCAUCAAGGUGCUGAAAGAGCAGCCGUCCAACAGCGUGGAGGGGCUUCUGAACGCACUGCGGUAUACGACACGACAUCUAAACGAUGACAGCACCUCCAAACAAAUCAGAGCCCUGCUGCAAUGAAGGAACGCCAGAGGAGAGGGAGGAACGUCGGAGCGCACCUGAAGACGGAGAGAGGAGGGGAAACAGACGCCAGAGGCUGAAAAAGCUGUUUGUUUACAAUAGACGAAGAGAAGCAUCUCUGGGUCUGGAGCAACCUGAAGAGAAGAAGAAGAAUAAUAAUUUAAUUCUAUAUAUUAUCAGCCGUCCAUCAUUCUGUCUCUCAUUUUGUAAAGUAAGAAAAGAGAAGAAAAGAAGAAGAAGAAACCAGAAAUGAAGAUUAUAGAUAUUUAUUAAAAGAAGUGAAACAGUAAGCAGGAUUACAGAAGAAGCUCUAUGGGGGGGGGUAAAAUUUAAAGGUCAGAACCGAAAUGUGACAAUAGCUAGAGUUACGUGUUCCUGCUGUUAGUCAGACAAGUUUUGCACACUCCCCUUUCGAGAAAACAGCAUCCGUCUUCUUACUGGAAGCCUCCCCCCAUCGCCGCGGGAACCGUGGCUCGGCCCCUCGGUUAUCCCUCAGCUGCACUGAUCCCCACGCUCAGGCGAAACGAAGCAAUGUGAUGGAUCCACUCCGGAGAUUUGCUUCUUGCCUCCCUUCUGUCCCCCCAUCACCACAUCAGUACAGCUGUGGGCUACCGGAUGAAAGGACCUACAUUUUUUUGUUUCCCCCUCCCUGAAUUGCCUCGUAUCCAUCCAUCCAUCCAAUUUGUAUUUUUCCUUUUGGCACGACAUCCACCCUUGUAACGUUGCAGCACACACAAAAAAACCAAACCCUUAUUAGGCUGUCUUCUCUCCAUGGUGCUAAUGUUGCUAAAGCUAUCUCAACAAUGAAGCAAAACCAACAUGCUUCAUUAUGGAAUCACAUCCAGCUUUUUCUGCUGGAAAAAACAAACAAACAAACAAACGAUCAAACAGUUAGCAGAUCAAACCUACGCACCAAUCCUACAGCACACUUCUUCACCUUGUGCCAAAAAAGCUGAGUCGUUUACACUCCUGUUGCGUCGCCACGCUGGCUGCCGGGGACGAGUUUUGUAGUCCUGACGUGUCGCUGAUCAUCUUUAAAAAAACGAAAAGAAGAGAUGACAGGCAGAGAUCUUUUAAAAAAAGAGAGAUGUGAGCCUUAUGGUGUAAAUAAGCGAAGCUUCUCCUGUCCGACAUGCUCCUCUUGAACUCUCAGCCCACAUUCCCACUUAUUCCGCCCAACCAGAGUUCUUUCUUUUAGUGCGAAAAGGCCGAGGGCCAGCUAGUCGGAAAUAAAACUUUUAACAACAACAAAAAUAUUAGUAAAGGAGUGCUGUAAUUUGGUUGUCCAUAGACCUUAGUCUGAUUUAAUUUAUAAUAUAUUUUCUAUACAGGGAUGUGUGCCCAAUACAUACAUACAUAGAUGGCAUGUUGUAAAAGUUCUGACAAGAGUGUGUAAAUAAGGUGUUUUUAUUCAUUUUUAAUUGUUCAGUGACGCUGAAUUCGGGUAUGUGUUGUCUCUCAGAAUUACCAUGCGUUUGGCUUGGACCAUCGGACUUGCCGUAGUCAUAGGUUUCAGAAAUUCAACUUCAUUAAGGCGAAUGAACCAGAGGGGAGGGGCUCUCCAUUUGCUUGUUCUUUUUGUAUAUUUUGUGCAACAAUAAACUUGUCAUUUAUUACAUUCAAA